GUGAUUAUUCCCGGAUAUAGUGACUCAAUGGGAAGAAAGCGUCCUCAAAAACAGGCCAAGAAUGCGAAAGAUGACAAGGAGUCUAUAGAACAACUAAGCAAAGAAACAGAAAAGCUACAAGUUAGUGAUGACAACGAGGAAGUGGAGGAUAUCUCACCGACGCUCACAGAAUCUGUCGACCAUGACGAAGUUGAGUGUGAAACUGAAGUGCAGGCAUCUGCAGUCCCAGUCGAAUCAUUGAAAUCUGAGAAGGAUGAAGAAGGCAAGGAUAAAGUAAUGUCACGAAAAGAACUGAAGAAGUUGAAAAAACAGGCUAAGCGGCAAGCUGCUGAGGAAAUGGAAGAGAGUCUGGGUCAAUUUACUGUUGCACAGCAGCAGCGUAGAGGAACUGAUGCAGUAUGGGACCAAUCCAAAGAUAUCAAGAUAGAGAAGUUUACUUUGAAUGCCAGGGGCAAAGAGUUGUUUGUUGAUGCCUCACUGUUAAUUGCAUUUGGGCGAAGUUAUGGGCUGGUUGGCCCAAAUGGGAUGGGCAAAACAACUUUGUUGCGUCAUAUAGCUGAAAGGAAACUAGCUAUUCCAGCAGGAAUUGAUGUUUUGUAUUGUGAACAAGAGGUCCAAUCAGAUGACACACCAGCCGUACAAGUGCUGCUAAAUGCAGACAAAAAGCGGUUGGAUUUGUUAGAAAAAGCAAAGAGGUUAGAAAGAGAAUCAGAGUCGGGUGAUGACAAAGCUACUGAGCAGCUGAGUGAGGUUUAUGACCAACUAAGAGCCAUUGGUGCUGAUUCUGCUGAAGCGAAAGCACGUCGUAUACUUGCAGGUCUUGGUUUUACUACAGAAAUGCAGGUUAGACCUACGAAGCAUUUCUCUGGUGGGUGGAGAAUGCGAGUGUCUUUAGCACGGGCUUUGUUUCUUGAACCGACUCUUUUGAUGUUGGAUGAACCAACAAAUCAUCUUGAUCUCAAUGCAGUCAUUUGGCUAAAUAACUAUCUCCAGUCAUGGAAGAAGACUUUACUAGUAGUGUCUCAUGACCAAGACUUCCUCAAUGAUGUCUGCACUGAUAUAAUUCAUCUUCAUGACAGGAAGCUUCUCUACUAUAGAGGAAACUAUGAUAGCUUCAAGUUGAUGCACAAACAGAAACAGAAGGAAGCAACAAAAGCAUUUGAGCAGCAACAGAAGCGUAUCCAGGCUUCGAAGCAGUCGGGCAAAUCAAAAAAGCAAGCGGAAGAAGAGGCAAAGGUAGCUGCUUCGAGGAAAAAGAAAGGAGCAAAAUCAAAAGCAGAAGCAGCAGAUGAAGAUUAUUCAACUCCAGUUGAAUUGUUAAAGCGACCAAAAGAAUACACAGUGAAGUUCUCUUUUCCUAAACCAGAAGCUCUAAGUCCCCCAAUUUUAGGACUUUAUGAUGUAACAUUUGCAUAUGAUGGCCAACCUCGUUUGUUCAAGGAGGUCAACUUUGGUAUUGACAUGGACUCAAGGAUUGCUGUUGUGGGCCCUAAUGGAGUUGGAAAAAGCACAUUUCUCUAUUUGUUAAUCGGAACUAUCAGCCCGGUGCAAGGUGAAGUAAGAAAGAACCAUCGUAUGCGUCUAGGUGUUUAUAAUCAACAUGCAGCAGACCAGCUCACAAUGGAUGAAUCAGCAGUGGAGUAUUUGCAGCGCUUGUUUGACAUGGAUUACCAGGAAUCACGCAAGUUGCUCGGUCGAUAUGGAUUGUCUGGUCAUGCACACACAAUAAGAAUCAGAGAUCUAUCAGGUGGCCAGAAAUCAAGGGUUGUGUUUGCUGAAUUGGCUUGCAGAAAACCAGACGUUUUGAUUAUGGAUGAGCCAACUAAUAACCUGGACAUUGAAUCUAUUGAUGCUCUGGCUGAUGCCAUUAAUGAGUUUACAGGAGGUGUAAUUCUGGUCAGUCACGACGCUCGAUUGAUCAGAGAAACAAACUGUCAGUUGUGGGUUAUCGAAGACAAGACAAUCAAUGAAGUGGAUGGUGAUUUUGACGACUAUAGAAAGGAAAUUCUAGACGCACUAGGAGAGGAACGUGCAUCUGGUCACAAAUUGGUGUAGUCAUUAUUGUAUCGUGUCAAGUAAUUACAAUCAAUGAUUAAUUAAGUAAUCGGUUAUACAGCUAAACUGUUUUCUACGGAGAUCCACUUGUACAUGCUUUCAGCUAGCUAGAAUGCACUCUGUUUCUAAAAUUAACCAACCAAGUUGCUUGGAAUUUACCCUAACUUUUGAAGGGAUGCUCUUUAACUGAUUUAGCAUAAAUGAUGGUGUCACCAUGAUGCAGCGUGAUGUGAUACUGUAUUUUAGU